CUGUCUGUCUGUCUGUCUGUCUCUGUCUAUCUGACCUAGUAGGUCCUGAGUCAUUCACCCUGUGUGUCUGUCUCCUCAGACGAUGCUACAGGUUAUGGGCUAGUGUGUGUGUUAUGAUGAUGUCAUAUACUGUUUGUCUAAACCGUUAGGUUCUAAGUCGUUAACCCGUCUGUCUGUCUGUCUGUGUGUCUCUCUCCUUUCAGACGAUGCUAAAGGUUACGGGCCGGUGUUUGAGGAUCAGCCGGUCGACACCAUCUACCCCGAGGAGUCACCUGAGGCCAAAAUCACCAUGAGCUGUCAAGCACGAGCCAACCCAACUGCCACAUACAAGUAACAUAUGCUCUGUUCACUCCUCAUAGCCACCCUAAACUCUACCUGCUGGGCUGUAUUGUACUGUAUAUCCCUCGUCUCUCACCGUCUCUCACCUCCUCUAACCCUCCCUAAAACACAUCUGCUGUGCUGUGUGGACUGUAUAUCAAUCUGUACUCAGCAUCUUUAAGUAAUCCUUCUACCCCCCCCCCCCCCCCCCCCCCCCCCUUUACUCCAACCCCCCACCCCCCCCAAAAAAAAAAAAAAAAAAAAACAUUGUAAAGGGGUUAUCCCACUGGCUAUAAGGUGAAUGCACCUAUUUUUAAGUCGCUCUGGAUAAGAGCGUCUGCUAAAUGACGUAAAUGUAAUGUAAAAAAUGUAAUGCAGCGUUGGAAAAUGUAUUCCAAUUGUCAUACUUGAGUAAAAGUAUAGAUAACUUAAUAGAAAAUGACUCAAGUAAAAGUGAAAGUCACCCAGUAAAAUACUACUUGAGUAAAAGUCAAAAAGUAUUUGAUUUGAAAUAUACUUAAGUAUCAAAAGUAAAGUAAAAGAGAAAUAAUUUCAAAUUCCUUAUAUUAAGCAAACCAGACAGCACCAUUUUAUUUUUCUUUACAGAUAGCCAGGGGCACACUCCAACACUCAGACAUGAUUUACAAAUGAAGCAUGUGUGUUUAGUGAGUCCGCCAGAUCAGAGGCAGUAGGGAUGACCAGGGAUGUUAUCUUGAUAAGUGUGUGAAUCGGACCAUUUUCCAGUCCUAAUAAGUAUUCAAAAUGCAACGAAUACUUUUGGGUGUCAGGGAAAAUGUAUGGAGUAAAAAGUACAUUAUUUUCUUUAGGAAUGUAGUGAAGUAAAAGUAAAAGUUUUGAACUGUGAUCUGGCCAUUUAGGGAACUCCUUUUGGCUCAAGAGCACAUGGCCCUGUCCCCUCCUUUCUCCUCAGGUGGAGAUUAAACGGCUGGGACAUAGACCUGGACGAUGACAACCACUACACUUUGGUGGGAGGCAACCUGGUCAUCUCUAACCCCAUCAAGAACAAACACGUUGGGAAGUACUCCUGUGUGGCCACCAACAACUAUGGCACCGUGGUCAGCAGAGAGGCCACUGUCCAGUUUGGAUGUGAGUGGAGUGGAUUGGACGUGAUUGGAUGGGAUCCCCGUCCCCAUUAUUAUGUAACACAUUAUAAUUGGCAGGACUUUUAGCUUUCAUGCCUAUGUGAGUGGAACACUGAUUGAGAGGCAGCAGUGGCACAUCAUAACAGCUAUGGAAAUGGAAUUUGAAUGGUCAAACUUUGUAGAGCGUAGCAUGACACGUAAUCACUUCUGCUGAAUCGAUAGUAAGUUCACUUUGAAAGAUGACAGUUGCAAAUUACAAGCCUGCCAACUAGUUAAAUGCAGGUCCUGGUUUUGAAGUAGUUUUGAGAGAGAGGUUGCAGGGUCUAAGAGUAUUGGAGGAUAAGUGUUCUUACAUAAAUGAGGCGAGGGAAAGUGUGACAGUGGAUUAUCCAGGCUUGUUAAUGAAUAUGAACUCUUUCUGUCUUCCUCUCCCCACUCUCCCCCGUCACUCUCUCCCUUGCCUUCUCUCUCUCCCCCCACCCUCUCUCUGUCCUCUGCCGCCCCCUCUCUCUUUCUCUAAGACCUGGACUUGUUCUCCUCUGAGGAGAGAGAGGCGGUGUAUGUGAAGGAGGGCCAGGGGGCAGUGCUGCUCUGCGCUCCUCCCCCACACUACCCAGGUAAGUGCUAGGCUAAGCUAACGGCUAAUUAUAUGAUGCUAGGUCAUUGUUAUGGCUAAUGCUAAUGCUAGAUGGUGUCUCAAGACGUCUUCAAAAUCUAUCUUAUGAUGUCUUAUGAUGUCUUGAAUAGUGUCUAUGUCAUGUCUCAAAGUGUCUCAAGACGUCUCAACUAAAGUUUGAAGAUGUGUGAGACAUGGCUGGGUAUAGGGUAGGAUAGGAUGAACUUUAAUGUCCUGAGGGGAAGAUUAAAACGAUACAUUACACAUUGAACAUAAUACACGUUACCCAUCAUACACACAUGUGCACUUCAUGUGCACUUCUCAUAUAGCCUUCUCAUAUAGAUGAUACAUAUUGCACAUUUCCCUUACAUUCAGUCAGUGGCCUACUAACCCAGCUCAGCUUUACUUGUUGCUGUUUAGGUAUUUGAUGGACACAGGAAUGAAGGAGGGCUUAAACCUGUUCAGCUUACAUGUGGGGACCCCAUAGCGUCUGCCUGAGUGGAGUACAUGGGCGGGGUCUGAAAUCAUUUUCUGUGCUUAUGUGUUCAACGGUCUGUUCAAAAACAAUCUGCAGUGAGUCGUGUGUCUGUAUGAAUGCUAUGGUGCUAGGCUAUGCUACGGUCUGUAGCAUUGCACCUAUUACAUGUAUCUCUAUGGUAGUAUCAUAUCCAACCUAACAGUAUGUUAAGACUCAGGCCAUCAUCCCAGAUAGUCAUAACAGUGAAAAUCAAUGAAAGUCUGCCCCCUGCUGGUACUUGUCUGUACUACUCCUCAAUGAUAUAGGCUCUGAGGCAGCCUCUGACACAUCAUAUUGCAUGCUAUUUUCUCACACCGUAGUCCAGAGCUGAGUUUGGCACCUCUAGUCUCAGUGUAGGGAUGUGGGAGACAAAAUAAGCUGUUUUAGUGCCGUUUUAUGUAUUUUUAUAGUGUCGCUCUUUAUUGUUCGUCAAUGGUACUUUACACUGAUCCGUUCAGGCGUGUGUUAGUUCCUUUGGAUCCCUCUAUUUCUUUCUCUUUGAUCAUCAUUAAACAAACCCAUUUGGUAUCAAACAGGAGCUCCACCAGAAUACUGUACCGCAGAAAUUCAUAUUCAUGUUAUGCAAAUUCAUCCAGCCAAACCAUUCUGUGAAACCAUGGUAACGUCUUUCAACUGCCGCCGCGGUUACAGAAUUACAGUUCCUGAGUGAGACUUGUCCUUUUCAGCUCCUUUCACAGCAUCACGACGACAGUUUGAUAUUAGAGCAUGAAAUGCUUUAGAGAGAGAGAGAGAGAGAGAGAGAGAGAGAGAGAGAGGAGAGAGAGAGGAGAGAGAGAGAGAGAGAGAGAGAGAGAGAGAGAGAGAGAGAGAGAGAGAGAGAGAGAGAGAAAGAGAGAGAGAGAGAGAGAGAAAGAAAGAAAGAAAGAGAGAGAUAAAGAAAGAGAGAGAGAGAGAAAGAGAGAGCGGAGAGCACGAUAUAAUACCCUUUCACACUACUGUUCUGAGCCAACCCCAGCCAAGCCAAGCUGUACUGAUGGCCUGGUUAUGUAUCCACCAUAGUUGCUGGAAAGGAAAAUGUAUAUCCUAUGGUUAGAAUUGAAAGGUAUGUACUAUAGGCUAAUAUCCUUGGUCAGGAUGAUAGUGUGAAACGGGUGUAAGAGCUCCUCAGCCUUUCUCCUGGCUCCACUCCAUAUUGACACACCACCCCCUUCCUCCAUGACUGACAGGCUGCGGAUUGUAUAUGUUCUCUCUGUAGACGAGCUGUCAUUCCGCUGGAUUCUGAAUGAGUUCCCCGUCUUCAUCCCGCUGGAUAAACGUCGCUUCAUCUCUCAGACUACGGGGAACCUCUACAUCUCUAAGGUAGACUUCUAACAUUGACAUGGCUGUGUCUGAAAUGACACCCUAUCCCCUUAUAUAGUGCACUGCUUCUGUUUUCAUGAAUUGUUGAUGUCUGUCACCAGGUCGACUCAUCUGACAGUGGCAACUACUCCUGCUUCGUCUCCAGUUCCUCCAUCGCCAAGAGCGUCUUCAGCAAGUUCAUCCCCCUCGUCCCUCUGGCUGAACGUUAGUUUCUGUUUUCCUCUACGUUGAGAUAGGAAACUGUGCCCCAUAAUGGCUACCACAACAUCCACCAGUAUGCACAUACCCCUCGUCCCCCUGGCUGAACGUUAGUUGCUGUUUUCCUCUACGUUGAGAUAGGAAACUGUGCCCCAUAAUGGCUACCACAACAUCCACCAGUAUGCACAUAACCCUCGUCCCCCUGGCUGAACGUUAGUUGCUGUUUUUGUUACCUAUUAAAAGAUAGGAAUCAGUAAAGGUAGUCCUCCCAUUAUUCAGCAUCAUGCAUAUCCCUACGACCUAUAAGAUCACCUUGAUCAUUAUCAAAGUUUUAGUCGUCACAGAAUUACCUACUGUCUGUAGUUUGCUUAGGACAGAGUUGGUCCAUAGAGUUGGUCCAUAGAGUUGGUCCAUAGAGUUUGUUCAUCUUAAGACCAGAGAACCACACAUGAACCUGGCUAAGAGAGGGUGAAUCUCAGGGAUAAGCGAGAUAGGGUUAGUAGGGCGGAACACAGACAGUCUCCAUCUCUGGAGUCAGAGAAACCUAGAGUUCACCUAGAGUUCACCUAGAGCUCACCUAGAGUUCACCUAGAGUUCACCUAGAGUUCACCUAGAGCUCACCUAGAGUUCACCUAGAGCUCACCUAGAGUUCACCUAGAGCUCACCUAGAGUUCACCUAGAGUUCACCUAGAGCUCACCUAGAGUUCCUAGAGUUCACUAGAGUCACCUAGAGUCACCUAGAGUUCACCUAGAGCUCACCUAGAGCUCACCUAGAGCUCACCUAGAGUUCACCUAGAGUUCACCUAGAGUUCACCUAGAGUUCAUCAAUUACUACUGGUUUGUGUUCUCAGUCAGUCCUCCUCGUUUGUUUGCUAACAUUACCUACUACCAACCCAUGUAGGCCUACUCAUUUUACAGUUUAGUUAUUUAGCAGAUGCUCUUCUCCAGAACGACUUACAGUUAAUGCAUUCAUCUUAAGAUAGCUAGGUGGGACAACCACAAAUCACAGGCAUAGAAAGUUGUUUUUAUUUGAUUUAUUAUUAUCUGACACAAACUAGCAUGUUCUUAGACUGGUCCCAGAUCUGUUUGUGCUGUCUUGCCAACUCCUAUGGUCAUGUCAUGUUAGGUAUGGGAAAUACCCAAUGAGUUGUCUAGAGCACAGACAGUAUAGGGAUCAGUCUAGCAUGUUGUGUUGUAGUUGAGAAGGUUGUAGGGGAGAACACUAGUUUACUCAACAACACUUCAGGAGCUCUAUGCUCUGUCAUGCAUAUGUUUUAUCAUGACUACAUUAUCACACUACAACAGGGGCCUCUGGCUGUGUCGGUGCCCAUAUCUAACACUGUACUGUACACACAUCAUGAAGGGCAAACUGAGCUGGAAGCACUGUGUGUGUGUGUGUGUGUGUGUGUGUGUGUGUGUGUGUGUGUGUGUGUGUGUGUGUGUGUGUGUGUGUGUGUGUGUGUGUGUGUGUGUGUGUGAUGCAGCACAGCUAACCUAUCCUUCCGGAGACCACCAUUUACAAUGAAGCGCCUCCAACCAAAUGCAUCACCUUGUCAGCACACAGAGUGAACUAACGUAUUGUUGCUGGUCUAAGUUGUUCUGCCUAUGAGGGGGUGUUAUGAAUAAACAGGUGACUCAAGUCCAGUCGUUUCUAUUUCCUGUUUCUCCACCAACCAGGCCCAAUCAGGAAGUACCCUGCUGAUAUCAAAGUCAAGUUCCCAGACACCUUUGCACUGGCGGGCCAGAAUAUCACACUGGAAUGCUUUGCCCUGGGAAAGUAAGUCUGGAUAUAGCCAGUACAUUGCUACAAGUACAUUUUGAAGUAGACAGUUUUCAUAAGUAUAUUAGAGAAUCAAUGAUAUUAUGUAUCCUAGCUCAGACCUAUAGUAUGACAUGGUUUAUUGUAAUGCAGCUGUGUAUAUAUGUUCACAUGACAAGGCUAUGGGAUUAUACUGUAUGUCUAAGCUCCUUCCCUCUACACAGCCCCAUCCCUCAGAUCCGGUGGAGGAAGAUGGACGGAGAGCUGCCGGCCAAUCAUGAGGUCAGCAUGGCAGGGGCCCACCUCCACCUGUACCAUGUGCAGUAUGAGGACGAGGGGACGUACGAGUGUGAAGCCCUCAACUCCAAAGGGAAAGACUGGCACAGGGCCCGGGUCUCUGUAGAAGGUAGGGCCCUGUCUCUAGUCUACUAGUUAAGCAAUAAGGCCUGAGGGGGUGUGGUAAAUGGCCAAUAUACCACAGCUAAGGGCUGUUCUUUUACACAACGCAACGUGGAGUGCCUGGAUACAGCCCUUAGCCGUGGUAUACAGUGGCUUGCGAAAGUAUUCACCCUCCUUGGCAUUUUUCCUAUUUUGUUGCCUUACAACCUGGAAUUAAAAUUGAUUUUUUGGGGGGAUUUGUAUUAUUUGAUUUACACAACAUGCCUACCACUUUGAAGAUGCAAAAUAUGUUUUAUUGUGAAACAAACAAGAAAUAAGACAAAAAAACAGAACUUGAGCGUACAUAACUAUUUACCCCCCCCAAAGUCAAUACUUUGCAGAGCCACCUUUUGCAGCAAUUACAGCUGCAAGUCUCUUGGGGUAUGCCUCUAUAAGCUUGGCACAUCUAGCCACUGGGGUUUUUGCCCAUUCUUCAAGGCAAAACUGCUCCAGCUCCAUCAAGUUGGAUGGGUUCCGCUGGUGUACAGCAAUCUUUAAGUCAUACCACAGAUUCUCAAUUGGAUUGAGGUCUUGGCUUUGACUAGGCCAUUCCAAGACAUGUAAAUGUUUCCCCUUAAGCCACUCGAGUGUUGCUUUAGCGGUAUGCUUAGGGUCAUUGUCCUGCUGGAAGGUGAACCUCCAUCCCAGUCUCAAAUCUCUGAAAGACUGAAACAGGUUUUCCUCAAGAAUUUCCCUUUAUUUAGCGCCAUCCAACAUUCCUUCAAUUCUGACCAGUUUCCCAGUCCCUGCCGAUGAAAAACAUCCCCACAGCAUGAUGCUGCCACCACCAUGCUUCACUGUGGGGAUGGUGUUCUCGGGGUGAUGAGAGGUGUUGGGUUUGCGCCAGACAUAGCGUUUUCCUUGAUGGCCAAAAAGCUCAAUUUUAGUCUCAUCUGACCAGAGUACCUUCUUACAUAUGUUUGGGGAGUCUCCCACAUGCCUUUUGGCGAACACCAAACGUGUUUGCUUAUUUUUUUCUUUAAGCAAUGGCUUUUUUCCGUAAAGCCCAGCUCGGUGGAGUGUACGGUUUAACGUGGUCCUAUGGACUCCAAUCUCCGCUGUGGAGCUUUGCAGCUCCUUCAGGGUUAUCUUUGGUCUCUUUGUUGCCUCUCUGAUUAAUGCCCUCCUUGCCUGGUCCGUGAGUUAUGGUGGGCGGCCCUCUCUUGGCAGGUUUGUAGUGGUGCCAUAUUCUUUCCAUUUUUUAUAAUGGAUUUAAUGGUGCUCCGUGGGAUGUUCAAAGUUUCGGAUAUUUUUUAAAACCCAACCCAUAUCUGUACUUCUCCACAACUUUGUCCCUGACCUGUUUGGAGAGCUCCUUGGUCUUCGUGGUGCCGCUUGCUUGGUGGUGCCCCUUGCUUAGUGGUGUUGCAGACUCUUGGGCCUUUCAGAACAGGUGUACAGUCGUAGUCAAACGUUUUGAGAAUGACACAAAUACUAAUUUUCACAAAGUCUGCUGCCUCAGUUUUGAUGAUGGCAAUUUGCAUAUACUCCAGAAUGUGAUGAAGAGAGAUCAGAUGAAUUGCAAUUAAUUGCAAAGUCCCACAUUGCCAUGAAAAUGAACUUAAUCCCCCAAAAACAUUUCCACUGCAUUUCAGCCCUGCCACAAAAGGACCAGCUGCCAUCAUGUCAUUGAUUCUCUCGUUAACACAGGUGAGAGUGUUGAUGAGGACAAGGCUGGAGAUCACUCUGUCAUGCUGAUUGAGUUAGAAUAACAGACUGGAAGCUUUAAAAGGAUGGUGGUGCUUGAAAUCAUUGUUGUUCCUCUGUUAACCAUGGUUACCUGCAAGAAAACACAUGCCGUCAUCAUUGCUUUGCACAAAAAGGGCUUCACAGGCAAGGAUAUUGCUGCUACUAAUAUUGCACCUAAAUCAACCAUUUUUCGGAUCAUCAAGAACUUCAAGGAGAGCGGUUCAAUUGUUGUGAAGAAGGCGUCAGGGCGCCCAAGAAAGUCCAGCAAGCGCCAGGACCGUCUCCUAAAGUUGAUUCAGCUGUGGGAUCGGGGCACCUCCAGUGCAGAGCUUGCUCAGGAAUGGCAGCAGGCAGGUGUGAGUGCAUCUGCACGCACAGUGAGGCGAAUACUUUUGGAGGAUGGCCGGGUGUCAAGAAGGGCAGCAAAGAAGCCACUUCUCUCCAGGAAAAGCAUUAGGGACAGACUGAUACUCUGCAAAAGGUACAGGGAUUGGACUGCUGAGGACUGGGGUAAAGUAAUUUUCUCUGAUGAAUCCCCUUUCCGAUUGUUUGGGGCAUCCGGAAAACACCUUGUCCGGAGAAGACAAGGUGAGCGCUACCAUCAGUCCUGUGUCAUGCCAACAGUAAAGCAUCCUGAGACCAUUCAUGUGUGGGGUUGCUUCUCAGACAAGGGAGUGGGCUCACUCACAAUUUUGUCUAAGAACACAGCCAUGAAUAAAGAAUGGUACCAACACAUCCUCCGAGAGCAACUUCUCCCAACCAUCCAAGAACAGUUUGGUGACGACCAAUGCCUUUUCCAGCAUGAUGGAGCACCUUGCCAUAAGGCAAAAGUGAUAACUAAGUGGCUCGGGGAACAAAACAUCGAAAUGUAUUGAUUAUGCAAGAAUGGGCUGCCAUCAUUCAUGAUGUGACCUAGAAGUUAAUUGACAGCAUGCCAGGGCGGAUUGCAGAGGUCUUGAAAAAGAAGGGUCAACACUGCAAAUUUUGACUCUUUGCAUAAACUUAAUGUAAUUGUCAAUAAAAGCCUUUGACACUUAUGGAAUGCUUGUAAUUAUACUUCAGUAUACCAUAGUAACAUCUGACAAAAAUAUAUCAUAACACUGAACCAGCGAACUUUGUGAAGACCAAUACUUGUGUCAUUCUCAAAACUUUUGACCACGACUGUAUAUAUACUGAGAUCCUGUGACUCUUAGAUUGCACACAGGUGGACUUUAUUUAACUAAUUAUGUGACUUCUGAAGGUAAUUGGUUGCACCAGAUCUUAUUUAGGAGCUUCACAGCAAAGGGGGUGAAUACAUAUGCACCCACCACUUUUCCAUUAUUUAUUUUUUAGAAUUUUAUGGAAAAAAAGUUUUUUUUUCAUUUCACUUCACCAAUUUGGACUAUUUUGUGUAUGUCCGUUACAUGAAAUCCAAAUAAAAAUCAAUUUAAAUUACAGGUUGUAAUGCAACAAAAUAGGAAAAACACCAAGGGGGAUGAAUACCUUUGCAAGGCACUGUAUUGGCAACAUACCACAAACCCCGAGGUGCCUUAUUGCUAUUAUAAACUGGUUACCAACGUAAUUAGAGCAGUACAAAUAAAUGCUUUGUCAUACCCAUGGUAUACGGUCUGAUAUACCACGGCUUUCAGCCAAUCAGCAUUCAGGGCUCGAACCACCCACUUUAUAAUACAGUAUAUACUCUCCAGCUUUCUAGUUGCAUGUCACUGACUUCCCAAUUUUUAUGAUUCAACACCUCUUCUCUCAGGGCUUAGUCCUAAUUUGAGUUGUUCAUGCUUAACUCAGGUUUUCACAUAAAUCAUGCAUUUAUGUUGUGCGCUGAUCUCAAGAUAGGACUCAGGCCUCGUACACGUACUGUACAGUCUCCUUUCCUCUUCUUCUGUGUCAUCUCACUCCGUUCCAGCCUUCCCAGAGUGGACUGAGUUCAUCAGCAGUACAGAGCGAGACAUCAGCAGUGACUACACAAUGUCCUGUGAGGCCAGUGGCAAGCCCAAGCCCCACGUCCACUGGCUCAAGAACAGCCACUCGGUAAGAGUCCUUUCACAUACCCUUUUAACACUGAUGGGUUGAGGUGAACAGAGCUGUGCUGAGCUGAGCAGAGCUGUGCUGAGCUGAACAGAGCUGAACAGAGCUGAACAGAGCUGAGCAGAGCUGAACAGAUCUGAACAGAGCUGUGCUGAGCUGUGCUGAACAGCACCAACCAUAGCUGCUGGAACUGUACUGGAAAAUACUAUAUGUUGACAAAAUACUAUAUGUUGAAAAAAUACUGUAUGUUGACAAAAUACUAUAUGUUGACAAAAUACUGUAUGUUGACAAAAUACUAUAUGUUGACAAAAUAUCUGAGUCAACACAGUGUGGUUGGGGUUACCUGGCAAUAGUGUUCGAGCAACUAUGGUGGAUGCGUAACCAGGCCAGCUUGGUUUGGCUCGGCUCGGUUCGGCUCAGUAGUGUGAAAAUCCAGGUCCAUUAGAUAGAAAAGCACUACCCUCUCUACCAAGGCCAGCAGCCAGCAUCAGGGUGGCACAGUUGUGACAGGCCGCUGGCAGGGGUACUCCUCAGAGUCUGAAUAGUCUGAACACAGGGCACAGUGUCAAGACUCAGGGGGUAGCUUUUGUUGUUUCUGAGAGAAUGCCAGCAUGGAGAAGAGAGAAGAGAGGAGGAGAGGAGGAGAAGAGGAGAAGAGGAGAAGAGGAAGAGGGAAGAGGGAAGAGGGGGAAGAGGGGAGGAGAGGAGAGGAGAGGAGAGGAGAGGAGAGGAGAGGAGAGGAGAGGAGAGGAGAGGAGAGGAGAGGAGAGGAGAGGAGAGGAGAGGAGAGGAGAGGAGAGGAGAGGAGAGGAGAGGAGAGGAGAGGAGAGAGGGAGAGGAGGGGAGAGGAGAGGAGAGGAGAGGAGAGGAGAGAGAGAAGAGAAGAGAGAGAAGAGGAGAGGAGAGGAGAGGAGAGGAGAGGAGAGGAGAGAGGAGAGAGGAGAGGGAGAGGAGAGAGGAGAGAGGAGAGAGAGGAGAGGAGGAGAGGAGGAGAGGCAAGGAGAGGAAAAAGUACCUCUUCUUGUUUCUGAGUGUGCCAGCCCAGAGAGGUUGCAUUUCUCACUGCCAUAGUAACUGUAACACUAACCCCAUCCUGAAAGAGACCCAGAAGAGAAGGCAGGCAGGCAGGCAGUGGCAGCACAGAGUGGGAGGGAGGACUUUGAUGUCAAUGUAACAUCAUACUUCAAACCCAUUGUAAUGCUGAAGGAUGCUAGUUAAUUAAAUAUUGCAUGCAUUUAGUUUUCCAAGAUUUCAAAAGCAUUUUGAUGUUUCAAUUUUAACAUUGAGAUUACACUUAUUGUCAUUGAGACACAAUCUAGUAAUACCAAUGCAUGCCAUGUUAAAUGAAAAAAAUAUGUUUUUGUGAUUUUGAAAUGCUUAUUAUAAUUGUUUAAUAUUUAUUUAUUCUGUUUCCACAGUAUGAUAAGCAUGAUCUAAAGUUCAGCGGUCUGACAUUUGAGGACUCUGGGAUGUACCAGUGUAUAGCGGAGAAUCGUCAUGGAGUCAUCUACGCUGACGCAGAGCUGCGUGUGAUUGGUGAGUUAAAUACUCUGUCUGAUUGUGCGUGGCUGAGUCCAAUGCAGUGUUGCAUGUGUCAAAGCCUCAGACGGAUUGUGAUUGGCCAAAGAUGAAAGGUCACUACACUAGCUGACUAAUUGAAACUAAUAUGAAAAUAAACAUGCGUUUGCUUGUCAGUUUUGAUUAUAUUUGUGUUACACAUGUUGAAGAACAAACAAACAACAACAUAUUUCAGUAAACUGAAAACUAUCCCUUUUCAGCGGGACUUGAUCCCAAACUGUUUCUAAUUAUGGUAAUGAAGCAUGAACCGAAGUGAACACAUACUCACACACACAUGCCACUUCAAAUUAGUGGAUUUGGCUGUUUCAGCCACACCCGUUGCCGACAGGUGUAUAAAAUCAAGCACGCCGCCAUGCAAUCUCCAUAGACAAACAUUGGCAGUAAAAUGGCCUUACUGAAGAGCUCAGUGACUUUCAACGUGGCACCGUCAUAGGAUGCCACUUUUCCAACAAGUCAGUUCGUCAAAUUUCUGCACUUCUAGAGCUGCCCCGGUUAACUGUAAGGGCUGUUAUUGUGAAGUGGAAACGUCUAGGAGCAACAACGGCUCAGCCGUGAAGUGGUAGGCCACACAAGCUCACAGAACGGGACCUCCGAGUGCUUGAAGCGCGUAGCGGGUAAAAAUCGUCUGUCCUCGGUUGCAACACUCACUACCGAGUUCCAAACUGCCUCUGGAAGCAGCACAAUAACUGUUCGUUGGUUUCCAUGGCCGAGCAGCCGCACACAAUUCUUUAAGAUCACCAUGCGCAAUGCCAAGCGUCGGCUGGAGCUAUGUAAAGCUCGCCACUAUUGGACUCUGGAGUAGUGGAAACGCGUUCUCUGGAGUGAUGAAUCACGCUUCACCAUCUGGCAGUCCGACGGACAAAUCUGGGUUUGGCAGAUGCCAGGAGAACCUGCCCCAUUGCAUAGUGCCAACUGUAAAGUUUGGUGGAGGAGGAAUAAUGUUCUGGGGCUGUUUUUCAUGGUUCGGGCUAGGCCCCUUAGUUCCAAUGAAGGGAAAUCUUAACGCUACAGCAUACAAUGACAUUCUAGAUGAUUCUGUGCUUCCAACUUUGUGGCAACAUUUUGGGGAAGGCCCUUUCCUGUUUCAGCAUGACAAUGACUCCUGUGCACAAAACGAGGUCCAUACAGAAAUGGUUUCUUGAGAUCGGUGUGGAAGAACUGGCCUGUACAAAGCCCUGACCUCAACCCCAUCGAACACCUUUGGGAUGAAUUUCAACACCGACUGUGAGCCAGGUCCAACAUCAGUGCCCAACCUCACUAAUGCUCUUGUGGCUGAAUGGAAGCAAGUCCCCGCAGCAAUGUUCCUACAUCUAGUGGAAAGCCUUCCCAGAAGAGUGGAGGCUGUUAUAGCUGCAAAGGGGGGACCAACUCCAUAUUAAUGCCCAUGAUUUUGGAAUGAGAUGUUCGACAAGAAGGUGUCCACAUACUUUUGGUCAUGUAGUGUACCAACAUGCUUCUGUCUGAGAUCUUUUUCAAGACCUGAAUAAACAGAUGAAUAAAUUAUAUUUAAAAAAAAUAUAUAUAUAAUAUACAUUUUUUAAUUCAGUGUCUGCAUUAUUGUUUGCCACAUGGCCUUAAAUAUGUUUUUCUUGGUCGCCCAUUUUAUUUCAAUAUUUAAAUUCUCUUUCUGACUCUCCCCAGCAUGCGCCCCUACGUUUGAUCAUAACCCAGUAAAGAGGAGGAUCCUGGGGGCUAAGAACGGCCGUGUGGUCCUAGAGUGUAAACCUAAAGCUGCUCCCAAAGCCUCCUUCUCCUGGAGCAAGGGCACUGAACUACUCUUCAACUCUACCAGGUCUGUGGUUAUUUACUGAGGCCCACUAUUCGUGGAGCAUAGCCUCCUUUGUACUCAUAACUCCUCUAAUGUUUUUAGGAUAAUGUGUUGACAUUUCGUCUUGAUUAGACUCUUAAUAGGAAGGUUUCUAAUAGUUGGUGAGACACAUUUAGGUCAUUAUAGUGUAGCUUAUAAUGUCUCUGAGAAUCCAUUAUGUGUGUGUGUCUGUGUGUGUCUGUGUGUGUGUGUGUGUCUGUUGUGUGUGUCUGUGUGUGGGUUGUAUGUGUGUGUGUGUCUGGGUGUGGUCUGUGUGUGUGUCUGUGUGUCUGUGUGUGUCUGGUGUGUUGUGGGUGUUGUGUGUGUGUCUGUGUGUCUGUGUGUGUGUCUGUGUGUGUGUGUUUUGUGUGUGUGUGUUGGUGUGUGUGUGUUGGUUGUGUUGUGUGUGUGUUUUUGUGGGUGGUGUGUGGGUGGUGUGUCUGUGUGUGUCUGUGUUGUGUGUGUGUUGUGUGUGUCUGUUGGGUGUGUUGUGUGUGUUGUGUGUUGUGUGUGUGUAGUGUGGUGUUGUGUUGUGUGUGUGUGUUUGGUGGUGUGUGUGUGGUAGUGAUGUGCUGUAGUGUGUGUUGUGUGUGUGUGUGUGGGUGGUGGUGGGAUUGUGGUGUGUGGGUGGGAGUGUGUGUUAUGUAUGGGUGUGUGGGGUGUGUGGGUGUGGUGUGUGUUGUGUGUAUGUGUGUCGGGUGUGUGUAUGUGGUGUGUGUUGGUGUGUGUGUAUGUGUGUGUGGUGUGUGUGUGUGUUGUGCUGUGUAUGGUGUGUUGGUGUAUGUGUGUGGUAUGUGGUUGGUGUGUGAAUGUGGUGUUGGGUGGUAGGUUGUGUGUUGUGUGUGGUGUGUGUAUGUGUGUGUGGAUGUGUGGUUGUGUGUUGAGUGUGUAUGUGUGUGUGUGUGUGUAGUUGGUGGUUGUGUGGUAGUGUGUGUGGUGGUGUAUGUGUUGUGUCGGUGUCGUGAUGUGUGGGUGUGUGUGUGUGUGGUGUGUGUGUGUGUAUGUGUGGUGUGUGUGUUGUGUGGGGUGUGUGGGUGAGUGUAGUGUGUGUGUGUGUGGUGUUGUGUGUAUGUGUGUGUGUGGUGUGGUAGUGUGUGUGUUGUGUGUGUGUGGUGGGUAUGUGUUGUAGGGUGUGUGUGAUGUGUGUGUGUGUGUAGUGUGUGUGUGUGAUGUGUGUUGUGUGGUGUGUGGUGUGUGUAUGGGAUGUGUGUGGUGUGUGUGGUGUUGGUGUGUGGGUUGUCUGGGUGUGGGUAUGUGUUAUGUGUGGUGUGGUGUGUGUGUGGUGUGUGUUGUGUCAUGUGUAUGUGUGGUGUGUGUGUGGUUGUGAUGUGUGUGUGUGUGUGUGUGUAUUGUGUGUGUGAUGUGUUUGGUAUGUGUGUGUUGUGUUAUGUGUGUGUGUGUGUGGGUGUGUGUGUUGUGGUUGUGUGUGUUGUGUGUCUGUGGGUGUAGUGUGUGUGUGUUAUGUUGUGUGUGUGUGUGUGUGUCGUGUUGUGUGUGUUGUGUCUGUGUGUGUGCGUGUCUGUGUCUGUGUCUGUGUGUGUGUGUGUGUGGUGUUGUCGUGUGGUGUGUGGGUGUGUGGUGUCUGUGUGGUGUGUGUGUGUGUGUGUGUGUGUGUGUGUGUGUGUGUGUGUCUGUGUGUGUGUGUGGUGUUUGACUCCUCUACAUCUCCUGGCUCUACUGUCCUCUAUCCCCUUAGCAGGGUAAUGGGGAUGGGUUGGUUUGUCAGUGAGUGCUCUGCUUCCCACUGCUCCCCGUCAGUAGCUGACAUUAAGCCUGGUCUAAAGCUCAUCAGACAGGACAGCCUGGUCUAAAGCUCAUCAGACAGGACAGCCUGGUGUAAAGCUCAUCAGACAGGACAGCCUGGUCUAAAGCUCAUCAGACAGGACAGCCUGGUCUAAAGCUCAUCAGACAGGACAGCCUGGUCUAAAGCUCAUCAGACAGGACAGCCGAUUGCUCAUGAUGUGUGCAUUUGUGAAGCAUGACAUAGUUGUGUUAAUCUCCAUUUUUUAGGACACUGACAUUGUUGUGUUAUCUUCCUCAGAAUGCUAAUCUGGGAUGGAUGGUAGUCUGGAGGAUCAUAUGUUGUGUUAUCUUCAUCAGGAUGUAAUCUGGGAGGAUGGUAGUCUGGAGAUCAUAUGUUGUGUUAUCUUCAUCAGGAUGCUAAUCUGGGAGGAUGGUAGUCUGGAGAUCAUAUGUUGUGUUAUCUUCAUCAGGAUGCUAAUCUGGGAGGAGUGUAGUCUGGAGAUCAUAUGUUGUGUUAUCUUCAUCAGGACUGCUUAAUCGGGAGGAUGGUAGUCUGGAGAUCAUAUGUGUGUUAUCUCAUCAGGAUGCUAUCUGGGAGGAUGGUAGUCUGGAGAUCAUAUGUGUGUUAUCUUCAUCAGGAUGCUAAUCUGGGGAGGAUGGUAGUCUGGAGAUCAUAUGUUGUGUUAUCUUCAUCAGGAUGCUAAUCUGGGAGGAUGGUAGUCUGGAGAUCAUAUGUUGUGUUAUCUUCAUCAGGAUGCUAAUCUGGGAGGAUGGUAGUCUGGAGAUCAUAUGUUGUGUUAUCUUCAUCAGGAUGCUAAUCUGGGAGGAUGGUAGUCUGGAGAUCCUGAAUGUGACUAGGGCAGACGAGGGGCGCUACACCUGCUUCGCUGAGAACGACCGGGGCAAGGCCAACAGCACAGGCUACCUCUCCAUCACAGGCAAGCUGCAUGCACACGCACACACACACACCACAGGGCAGCUGCCCUUCCCUUCCCUGAACCAGACUCAGAAACUCAGUAGUCACACACAGAAACGCCUAUCUGACCGUCAACAGCCUUAUGAGACUGGGUCUCAGGGGGCUGGGUCUCAGGGGGGCUGGAUCUCAGGGGGCUGAGUCUCAGGGGGCUGGAUCUCAUGGGGCUGGAUCUCAGGGGGCUGGGUCUCAGGGGGCUGGAUCUCAGUGGGAUGGAUCUCAGUGGGAUGGAUCUCAGGGGGCUGGAUCUCAGGGGGCUGAGUCUCAGGGGGCUGGGUCUCAUGGGGCUGUAUCUCAGGGGGCUGGGUCUCAGGGGGCUGGAUCUCAGGGCGCUGGAUCUCAGGGGCUGGAUGUCAGGGGGCUGUAUCUCAGGGGGCUGGGUCUCAGGGGGCUGGAUGUCAGGGGGCUGGGUCUCAGGGGGCUGGGUCUCAGGGGCUGGGUCUCAGGGGGCCAGUAGUGAUACCUGCUAUUACCCCUCAUAGCCAACACCUCAGAUGAGAUCUGAAAAAAUUAUAAUUCUAGGAUGUACAAUUAUGAACUAAAUGCACUGUAGACAGAGGGGGGCUGAGUCUCAGGGGCGGGUCUCAGGGGGCUGAGCCUCAGGGGGCUGGGUCUCAGGGGCUGGAUGUCAGGGGGCUGGGUCUCAGGGGGCUGGAUCUCAGGGGGCUGAGUCUCAAGGGGGCUGGGUCUCAGGGGCUGGGUCUCAAGGGCUGAGUCUCAGGGGGCUGGGUCUCAGGGGCUGGGUCUCAGGAAGCUGGGUCUCAGGGGGCUGGAUCUCAGGGGGCUGGGUCUCAGGGGGCUGGGUCUCAGGGGCUGGAUCUCAGGGGCUGGGUCUCAGGGGGCUGGAUCUCAGGGGGCUGGAUCUCAGGGGGCUGGAUGUCAGGGGGCUGAGUCUCAGGGGCUGGAUCUCAGGGGGCUGAAUCUCAGGGGGCUGGGUCUCAGGGGCUGGGUGUCAGGGGGCUGAGUCUCAGGGGGCUGAGUUUCAGGGGGCUGGGUCUCAGGGGGCUGAGUCUCAGGGGGCUGAGCCUCAGGGGCUGGUCUCAGGGGGCUGGAUGUCAGGGGGCUGGGUCUCAGGGGGCUGGAUGUCAGGGGGCUGGGACUCAGGGAGCUGAGUCUCAGGGGCCUGCGUCUCAGGGGGCUGGAUCUCAGGGGGCUGGAUCUCAGGGCGCUGGGUCUCAAGGGGCUGAGUCUUAGGGGGCUGGAUCUCAGGGGGCUGGGUCUCAGGGGGCUGGAUCUCAGGGGGCUGGAUCUCAGGGGGCUGGAUCUCAGGGGGCUGGGACUCAGGGGGCUGAGUCUCAGGGGGCUGAGUCUCAGGGGGCUGUAUCUCAGGGGGCUGGGUCUCAGGGGGCUGGAUCUCAGGGCGCUGGAUCUCAGGGGGCUGGAUCUCAGGGGGCUGGAUCUCAGGGGGCUGGGUCUCAGGGGGCUGGAUCUCAGGGGGCUGGGUCUCAGCGGGCUGAGUCUCAGGGGGCUGGAUCUCAGGGGGCUGGGUUUCAGGGGGCUGGGUCUCAGGGGGCCAGUAGUGAUACCUGCUGUUACCCCUCAUAGCCAACACCUCAGAUGAGAUCUGAAAAAAUUAUAAUUUUAGGAUGUACAAUUAUGAACUAAAUGCACUGUAGACAGAGCUCCUGUUGUGAUCAAUACUUUACCCUUCACCCCCCUCUACUGGUCAGAUAUGAUCACUACCACUGCUCACUGCUCCACCCCUUGUUCACAUCAAUACAUUCUUACACAGACUCUCUCAUUCACAGGAGGUUGGUAGCAACUUAAUUGGGGAGAACGGGCUCGUGGUAAUGGCUGGAGCGGAAUCAGUGGAAUGGUAUCAAAUACAUCAAACACAUGGUCUCCAGGUGUUUGAUGCCAUUCCAUUUGCUCCGUUCCGGCCAUUAUUAUGAGCCAUUCUCCCCUCAGCAGCCUCCACUGCUCUCAGUCUAAACAAACUACAUGUAUUUCCCUAGGUUUUAGGCCUGAAAGACCAGGCUGGUAUUAGUUGAGAAUUGUUUAUCACAGUACAUGAAAUGCUGAUCUUAGCACAUUGUUGUUAUCGUCAGCAAGAACACACAGUAAGGCUGACCACCCCUUUUCUCUCCAGAGGCCACCAAGAUCACCUUGGCUCCGUCCAACGCCGAUGUGACGGCGGGGGAGAGCGCCCGCAUGCAGUGUGCCGCAUCACAUGACUCAACGCUGGACAUCACGUUCGUCUGGACCCUGGACGGCCGCGCCAUCGACUUCGACCGGGAGGGAUCCCACUAUGAACGCAACCCGGUAAGCGAUUAAAAAGGCAGGCCAGAAAUCUUAGUGUUGACGGUUCAAAUCCCGGGUCUGGCUGGAAUAUUACUUUGGUGUAGUGGUAUACUACCAAUCGUGUAAUGUACUUAGGUAAAAAUACUUUUAAGUACUACUUAAGGAGUGUUUUGGGGUAUCUGUACUUUACUUUACUAUUUAUAUUUUUGGACAACUUUUACUUUUACUUCACUACAUUCCUAAAGAAAAUGUUGUACUUUUUAACUCCAUACAUUUUCCCUGACAUCAAAAGUACUCAUUACAUUUUGAAUUCUAAGCAGGAAAGGAAAAUAGUCAAAUUCACCCACUUAUCAAGAGAACACGUGGUCACCCCUACUGCCUCUGGUCUGACGGACUCACUAAACACAAAUGCAUCUUUUGUAAAUAAUGUCUGAGUGUUGGAGUGUGCCCCUGGCUAUACAAAAAAAAAAAAAAAAAAAGACAAUUGUGCCAUCUGCUUUGCUAAAUAAUAGCAAUUUUAAAUGAUUUGUACUUUUACUUUUACUUUUGAUACUUAAGUAUUUUUUAGGAAUUACAUUUACUUUUGAUACUUAAAUAUAUUUAAAACCAAAUAGUUUUAGACUUUUACUCAAGUAGUAUUUUACUGGCUGACUUUCACUUUUACUUGAGUAACUUUCUAUUAAGGUAUCUAUACUUUUACUCAAGUAUGACAAUUGGGUACUUUUUCCACCGCUGUGUACUACUUUGGUAUAACCUUAUAAUACCACUGUAACUCCCUAAUAGCCAUUUAGCAUCAGUUACUAAAAGACCCACGGACUGCUGACUGCUGGUGCCCCGUAUAGUAUAUCAGUUUAACUGCAGUUUCCUUUCUCAUACAUUAUGAAUGACGUGACCCACUCUCUGCCAGAACAGUCUCAGCAGUAAGCAGCAGCUAGCGUUCAUCAUCUGUCAUUACACAGAUUGGAGGCAUGCACAACUCUCCGUAAUGGUUCUGAUUGAUGACCUUGCAUAGCCGUGUACAAGGCUUACUUUCCCUCUCAUAAAAUUACAGCGUUCUCCAGUUGAUGUUAUUAAUGUAGCGUCAGAAUAGUAAGACUCAUUACAGUAAGUGAGUUAAUAUGCUGCUUCAAUUAUAUUCUCAAUGGGAGGAUUUCAUACACAGCAAAUAUGGCUGUCAUUGUAAAUACAAAUUUGUUCCUAACUGACUUAAAGCUGGAAUCCUUAGUGGUGAAACUGCCACGUCUGUUUGGGAUAUUACAACAACAUAAAAGUUACUGCAAACAAUGAACACUGUUUUCUCCAUCAGACAUCAUUGCACGGGCGAUAGAACAGCGGAAUAUGUACUGCAACUAUUUUUACCACGCUGCUCUCCUCCAUUUAGUCAACAAAACAAUAACAAUAACAAAGGUGCUAGGGGGAACAGGGGUGCUAUUUUCCCUAAUGCGGAUUCCACCUUUAAAUAAAGGUUAAAUUAAAUUAAUAAAUAUAUAUAUAUAUAUAUUAUUUUUUAUUUUGCUACUGUAAGUAGCGUUAGCUAGCGCUAGUCGGCUGUACCUGCGCCAGAACUCCUGUAUUAUUUAUCCUAUAGCUUGUUCUCCAUUUUCUUUUUAAAAUAGUGAGCCAACAUGUUUUCAGCACUUUUAUUUCCAUGGCUGAUCAAAACUCAUUUUCUAAUGCUCUCUCUCUGCAGCAGACAUGGUGAGCAAUAUGUUUGGAACAUCAAAUCUCAAUAAAAUCGCAGUAUUGAAUUGCAAUACAUAAUUAAUCGUGAGAAUUGCAAUACAUAUUGUAUCGGCACCUAAGUAUCGUGAUAAUAUUGUAUCGUGAGGACCAUGGCAAUUCCCCAGCCCUAUCAAACAGUGAAAGGAUACUGCAGAUAUUCUCCAGGCCACUGUGGUCAAAUAUUCUGUCUAUGAAAUCUUCCCAUUGAGAAUACUACAGAAGCACUAUGUUAUAUUCUGCAAACAAGGGCGGAAGGGUUGACAGCCCCACGGUAAAGCUCCUGAUUGGAUGUGCCGAUCUCUGUAUCCCUCCUAUAUGUAGUACCAUGAGUCUGGCAAGCAAGACUGUAUCCCUCAGGACUUGGGAAGUUGCAGUCUUGGUACAGUAGAAUAAUUAGAAGUGCAUGGGGCACAGUUGUCAUAGCUGGAGCUAAUGUUACUGUUUCCAACGACCAUAAUGUUAUUAUUAUCAAAAGAUGGUCCACAACUUGGCCAAAUUGAAACCUAUAGAUUGUACCUAUAGACCAUGUGACACAUACAGAGUGUUAUGGAAGAGUGACAUCAAGGCGGUGACCCGAUCCUGUAGGGUCAUGCUCUAUAACAUUCGGAGAGUACGACCCUGCCUUACACAGGAAGCGGCACAGGUCCUAAUCCAGGCACUUGUCAUCUCCCGUCUGGAUUACUGCAACUCGCUGUUGGCUGGGCCAUUAAACCCCUACAACUCAUCCAGAAUGCCGCAGCCCGUCUGGUGUUCAACCUUCCCAAGUUCUCUCACGUCAGCUCCUCCGCACACUACACUGGCUUCCAGUUGAAGCUUGCAUCUGCUACAAGACCAUGGUGCUUGCCUACGGAGCUGUGAGGGGAACGGCACCUCCGUACCUUCAGGCUCUGAUUAGUCCCUACACCCAAACGAGGGCAUUGCGUUCAUCCACCUCUGGCCUGCUGGCUCCCCUACCUCUGCGGAAGCAUAGUUCCCGCUCAGUCAAAACUGUUCGCUGCUCUGGCACCCCAAUGGUGGAACAAGCUCCCUCACGACGCCAGGACAGCGGAGUCACUCACCACCUUCCGGAGACAUUUGAAACCCCACCUCUUUAAGGAACACCUGGGAUAGGAUAAAGUAAUCCUUCUAACCCCCCCCCUUACCCCCCCCCCCCCCCCCCCCCCAAAAAAAGUAAAGUGGUUAUCCCUCUGGCUAUAAGGUGAAUGCACCAAUUUGUAAGUCGCUCUGGAUAAGAGCGUCUGCUAAAUGACGUAAAUGUAAAUGUAAAGAGUAGGUGUCUGCACCAAUUCAUUUCAAUUCAGUCAAUUCAGGAAGUAAACUGAAAUUCUAACUUUGGUCUGCACUAACUGAAAUUGUUGUACUAAUUGAAGAUUGUCCUGUUGUUGUCGCUGUUCAGAAUGGUGGUUCCAGUGGAGAGCUGGUCAUCAAGAACACUCAGCUGAAGCACUCUGGACGCUACACCUGCACUGCACAGACCCCUGUGGACAAUGUCUCCUCAUCCGCUGACCUGGUCGUCAGAGGUACGUCACGCACGCGCACACACACACAACACACACACCACACCCAUGCACACACACGCACACACACACACACACACACACACACACACACACACACACACACACACACACCACACCACACACACACACCACACACAUGCACACAAACCACACACCCACCCACACACACCCACACACAUCACACACACGACGCACACACACACCCCCACACCACACCCACACCACCCCACAACACAAACACAUCAAACUCGAAGUCUACCACACUCAACGUACACACACCACCCACACACCAUACAAGUCAUAACAAGCUGCACUCACACACAUCACACAGACAAACACACAACCACUCCACACACACACACACACACCUCGCCACAGCCCAUGAGCACGCACCAACCACAACACCCACACACGCACGCACAGCACACCCACACGCACCUGCACACACACCACACCACACACACACACACACCACUCCACCACACCAAACCGCACACCCCAACCACAAACAACACGCACCACACACACAAAAAACUAGAGUUGACAAGUUGGGAGGUAGGUGAGUGCUAGACAGAGAGUGGGAGAUGAUUGAUGCACAUGUUCUCACUCUCUCAGUCCACCCUGUAUUUUGUCAAAUUUCUGCUCCGUAUAUUAAUUUAUUAAACAGACAUAUAAUUUCUGCUCCAUAUAUUUGUUUAUUAAACAGACAUCUAAUCUCUGCUCCAUAUAUUAGUUUAUUAAACAGACAUUUAAUUUCUGCUCCGUAUAUUAGUUUAAACAGACAUCCCAUUUCUGUUCCGUAUAUUAGUUUAAACAGACAUCCCAUUUCUGCUCCGUAUAUUAGUUUAAACAGACAUCCCAUUUCUGCUCCGUAUAUAAGUUUAAACAGACAUCCCAUUUCUGCUCCGUAUAUUAGUUUAAACAGACAUCCCAUUUCUGUUCCGUAUAUUAGUUUAAACAGACAUCUAAUCUCUGCUCCAUAUAUUAGUUUAAACAGACAUCCCAUUUCUGCUCCGUAUAUUAGUUGAAACAGACAUCCCAUUUCUGUUCCGUAUAUUAGUUGAAACAGACAUCCCAUUUCUGUUCCGUAUAUUAGUUUAAACAGACAUCCCAUUUCUGCUCCGUAUAUUAGUUGAAACAGACAUCCCAUUUCUGCUCCGUAUAUUAGUUGAAACAGACAUCCCAUUUCUGUUCCGUAUAUUAGUUGAAACAGACAUCCCAUUUCUGUUCCGUAUAUUAGUUUAAACAGACAUCCCAUUUCUGCUCCGUAUAUUAGUUGAAACAGACAUCCCAUUUCUGUUCCGUAUAUUAGGGUAAGAUGAGCUGCCCUCUGAAGGACACAGUAGUACCUUUAAACUAAUCUCUUAACACAAAGGGGGUGUCAUAAAAUAGCCUGCAAAAACUGUAUUUUUCCUACUUUUUUGGGCACGAAUACUUUUAUGAAGUGUGUGUGUGUGUGCCUGUGUGUGUGUACAAGUGCGUGUGUGUGUUUGUGUGUGUGUGUGUGUGUGUGUGUGUGUGUGUGUGUGAGGGGUUCUAAAUAUAUCCAGAGUAACCAGACCAUGGCUGCUGUACUAGCUGAUCUGUCAACUCUGUGGCUCCGUCAGAGUGGUGGAAAAACCACUGUAGGAGGAAAUGCCUUGUAUCCUGGAGCCUGGCCAACCGCUGGAGAGGAGCCACAUGUCACAGAGCAUCACACCAUGGCCUUUUUAAACACACUGCUAUAAACAUGUGAAAAAGGGGAUCCCGGAAAGGUCCGGUUUCUUAUGUCGCUUCCUCAAAGAGCUUGAGAAUGAAUGCUCCGGUGUAUGGGUUCUGUGGUAGCCAGAGAACUGUCUCUCCUCACUUGAUUGGAACCAUCUUAGCUGCUUGGUAUUCUAUUUCCCUGGAAGCUAACAUGUAUGAACUGAACUCCUACAUUACGUUUCCAAGAUGUCUGUCAUACUGUGCUCCACAAUGCUGCCAUGAUGAUUCAUGUUUUCACCUCCACUAUACCUGCUGAGUGAAGCCUUGUCUUACACUACUCCUCUAGGCCCCUAAAAACAACCUUUCUCUCAGUGGACGAAGAUUCUCUUUAGAAUGAGGCUAAGAGCUCUAGCAGAGAGAGCAGUUCUCUGGGUUGUGUUCCAAAUGCCACCCUAUUCCCUAUAUAGUACACUACUUUUGACCAGAGACCUAUGACCCCUGGUCAAAAGUAGUUCACUAUAAAAGGAAUAGGGUGCCAUUUGGAACGCAGUCUCUGUGUGCGGUGAUCCUCAUCGUGCCCUGGUGGUGUUUCUUUUGAAGCAGGCGCUGACAAAUGGGCAGGUGAAUGGGCUCAGGCUAUGACGACGAUCCCAGAGUACAGGGGAAUCAAAACAAGGCAGAGACCCUGGCCUGCAGGCAUGCCUAAAUGGAGUGUCAACACACAGACAGGAAGGAGAUGAAAGAUGACCAUUUAUCAAUUCUGACAACCAGGAAGUAGAUCUAGAUUACACCAGAGAAAUAGUGCACAGCACCUGUAUUUUAUUAUUAUUAUCUUAUUAUAGCUCUAUGAUAAUAAUACGAGCUGUAUCUGAAUAUGUCUGCGUAUUACAACAACGUAUUGUUGUCUUUCAAUGGGGGCAAAACAUAAAAACGCAGUGGCCAUUCAUAACAAACUAGGCUGGCUCUGAAGUUUAUCACAUUGCACAGACCCUGGCCUGCAUCGGGACAUGGAUUCAGAGCUUGCUCUAUUCACCAGUCCGCUUCCACACAACAAUACAACAAGCCUGAAAAUUGACUUAUUUGUGUAAAAUAUAUCACUAAUAUGUUCCAGUAAAACGACUCAGCGCUUCUUCAGAGUGGAGACGGAAGCUUAGGGGUCACACGCACGCACACAUGCACGCACACAUGCACGCACACUUGUACACACACACACAUAUAUCUCUCUCUCUGGCAGUCUACAGUCUAAUCGCCUUAGUUCUCUGGGUGGUUCUGUGGCAGACAUGAAAGAGCAAUCCUGCUUGAUUUCUGGGGCCGUCUGAGGCUAAGGCUGUGGGUUGGAGAGAGAGGGAGAGGGAGAGGGAGAGACAGUGAGAGGGAGGGAAAGAGAAAAGAGAGAGAGACGAGAUCGAGAGAGCGAGAGCGUGAAUGAGACUGGAAUAUGCUCCGACCGCUCUCUUUCCUUAGCCCCCCUAUAGAUAGUCUUAGAGCUCGCUAAGAUAUCGAGGCAGAGAGCUGUCCUUCCUCUGAUGUUUAAAUCUCAGCGCCAGGCAUCGCACACCAAGAAAGUCUGGGUUUUCUAUUAGACACUCUUUCUGUCCUCUCUCUCCUCCAGGAAGGGCAGAACUACCAAGAAAAACAGUAGAUUACAAAUCUCUCUCUCCCUGGCUUUUAGGCUUGGUUGAUAUGUCAAUGGCCCUAGGUAAUGUGUCAAUCCACCAAUCUAAGACUGAAUGAUGUGGAUAAAAGAGUAACUUCAGUAGAAAUGCCUGGUUUUAAUGUGUUGUUUAACAUGCCUAGUAUUGAUGUGUUGUUUAACAUGCCUAGUAUUGAUGUGCUGUUUAACAUGUCUAGUAUUGAGGUGCUGUUUAACAUGUCUAGUAUUGAUGUGCUGUUUAACAUGUCUAGUAUUGAUGUGCUGUUUAACAUGCCUAGUAUUGAUGUGCUGUUUAACAUGCCUAGUAUUGAUGUGCUGUUUAACAUGUCUAGUAUUGAUGUGAUGUUUAACAUGCCUAGUAUUGAUGUGCUGUUUAACAUGUCUAGUAUUGAUGUGUUGUUUAACAUGCCUAGUAUUGAUGUGCUGUUUAACAUGCCUAGUAUUGAUGUGCUGUUUAACAUGUCUAGUAUUGAUGUGAUGUUUAACAUGUCUAGUAUUGAUGUGCUGUUUAACAUGCCUAGUAUUGAUGUGCUGUUUAACAUGCCUAGUAUUGAUGUGCUGUUUAACAUGCCUAGUAUUGAUGUGUUGUUUAACAUGUCUAGUAUUGAUGUGCUGUUUAACAUGUCUAGUAUUGAUGUGUUGUUUAACAUGCCUAGUAUUGAUGUGCUGUUUAACAUGUCUAGUAUUGAUGUGCUGUUUAACAUGUCUAGUAUUGAUGUGCUGUUUAACAUGUCUAGUAUUGAUGUGUUGUUUAACAUGUCUAGUAUUGAUGUGUUGUUUAACAUGCCUAGUAUUGAUGUGCUGUUUAACAUGUCUAGUAUUGAUGUGCUGUUUAACAUGUCUAGUAUUGAUGUGUUGUUUAACAUGCCUAGUAUUGAUGUGCUGUUUAACAUGUCUAGUAUUGAUGUGAUGUUUAACAUGUCUAGUAUUGAUGUGCUGUUUAACAUGCCUAGUAUUGAUGUGCUGUUUAACAUGCCUAGUAUUGAUGUGCUGUUUAACAUGCCUAGUAUUGAUGUGCUGUUUAACAUGCCUAGUAUUGAUGUGUUGUUUAACAUGCCUAGUAUUGAUGUGCUGUUUAACAUGUCUAGUAUUGAUGUGUUGUUUAACAUGUCUAGUAUUGAUGUGUUGUUUAACAUGCCUAGUAUUGAUGUGCAGUUUAACAUGUCUAGUAUUGAUGUGCUGUUUAACAUGUCUAGUAUUGAUGUGUUGUUUAACAUGCCUAGUAUUGAUGUGCUGUUUAACAUGUAUAGUAUUGAUGUGCUGUUUAACAUGUCUAGUAUUGAUGUGUUGUUUAACAUGCCUAGUAUUGAUGUGCUGUUUAACAUGUCUAGUAUUGAUGUGUUGUUUAACAUGCCUAGUAUUGAUGUGCUGUUUAACAUGCCUAGUUUGAUGUGUUGUUUUAAAAUGUCUAGUAUGAUGUGUUGUUUACAUGAAUAGUAUUGAUGUGUUGUUUAACAUGCCUAGUAUUGAUGUGCUUUUUAACAUGUUUAGUAUUGAUGUGUGUUUUAAAAUGUCUAGUAUUGAUGUGGUUGUUUAACAUGCCUAGUAUUGAUGUGCGUUUAAAAUGUCUAGUAUUGAUGUGUUGUUUAACAUGCCUAGUAUUGAUGUGCUGUUUAACAUGUCUAGUAUUGAUGUGUUGUUUAAAAGGCCUAGUAUUGAUGUGUUGUUUUUAUGCAUCAAACAGAUUCCAUUAUUCAGGAAAGGUGUUUGAAGUACAAAGUAGUCUUAACAGGCAAGACAUCUUGCCAAGUCUUCUUCCACAAGCGGGAUAUUGAAACACGAAACAUUGGUUAAUCUUGUUGGUUUUGUUUUGGAUUAUGCGACGUGUGUAUGCAUAUUUGCUGUGUAUUUCUGUAACAAUUAUUAUCCAUCAAACCUCUCAACCCUCUCCUCCCCUCUCUCUUCCCCCUCUUCCCCCCUCCAGGUCCCCCUGGGCCCCCAGGUGGGGUGCGUGUGGAGGAGAUCAGGGACAAAAGUGUCCGUCUGAUCUGGAGCAGGGGAACAGACAACCACAGCCCCAUCUCUAAAUAUACCGUCCAAUGCCGGGACUCAUUCUCUCAGGAAGACUGGAGAGACGCCACCACAUGUGAGUUAAAAAAAUUGUAGACUGGUCAAAUAAAUACCCUAAAUGUGCAGGUCUGGUCUUGCAGUUUGUGCCGCCACUUUUAGAAACCAUAGCGGUGUCUCCUCUCCAAGCAUUUCUGUCUCUCUCCUACUGUCCAUCUAUCCAAUAAAAUACAUCCAAUAAACACCAUGAACACCAAAGACUGGUCAAAUAAACUGGGAGCAGCGAACAGAGCCGGCUGUGGUGCCACUCUGACUGGCUAAGAGCUAGAUACAUAGAUAGACACAUGGUGGAUCUCCUAAAGGAGCAAACCGUGCAGAGACUGAAACCACACAUCAGUUCAGAACUCAUGGAAUGUGUCUUCACAGGUACCGUUUCAUAAGUCCUAUGGUGCUGUACUGUAGCACCGAAGUAAUCCAACUUGUAUGAAAAAUGACGUCCACGUGCUGACAGCAUUUAAACACACUAUGUUAUGCUGGUUUCUCUGAUACUUCUCUGAAGUGAUACUAUGUGUUUCUAUGUAUCUCUGUCUUUGUAGCCCCUUCGGAUGUGGAAGGCAAUGCAGAGACAGCCAUGGUGGUGGACCUGUUUCCCUGGACAGAGUAUGAGUUUAGGGUGAGAGCCACCAACACCCUGGGGACAGGAGACCCCAGCAGCUCCUCUCCCAAAGUCACCACGUUGGAGGCAGGUAAGGGUAACGGAGGUGGUGCUGAACCACCAUUGCAUCCUGAGUCACCUUGCCUUAGUUCUGAAGUCUUGGCUACCCCAGGUAAUGCCUAGGCAUUAGCUCAGCAGACUAACACAGGGGAUCUGGUAUGGAACCACAUUUGGCCAUUAAAGCUGGUUUUGUUGCAAAAUGUGCUAGAACACAUCUAACUAAACCAUGACAGAUCAGAUGCUAGAACACAUCUAAAUAAACCAUGACAGAUCAGAUGCUAGAACACAUCUAAAUAAACCAUGACAGAUCAGAUGCUAGAACACAUCUAACUUAACCAUGACAGAUCAGAUGCUAGAACACAUCUAACUUAACCAUGACAGAUCAGAUGCUAGAACACAUCUAACUAAACCAUGACAGAUCAGAUGCUAGAACACAUCUAAAUAAACCAUGACAGAUCAGAUGCUAGAACACAUCUAAAUAAACCAUGACAGAUCAGAUGCUAGAACACAUCUAACUUAACCAUGACAGAUCAGAUGCUAGAACACAUCUAACUUAACCAUGACAGAUCAGAUGCUAGAACACAUCUAACUUAACCAUGACAGAUCAGAUGCUAGAACACAUCUAACUUAACCAUGACAGAUCAGAUGCUAGAACCCAUCUAAAUAAACCAUGACAGAUGAGAUGCUCUAGCUAAAGCCAGUGUGACAUCGGUCCCAUUUGAACAAUAUGGCGUUGCAGUUGGCAGCACUAGUGACAUUGAUAUUAUAUUUGUAAAGCUGAUGCUGCAUCAGUGCUAGUGCCAACUGAAGGGUACAGUGUAUGUUGUUUGGCAUUGUGCCGUGUGCAAAAUGACCCGUAUUCACGAAGAGUCUCAGAGUAGGACUGCUGAUCUAGGAUUAGUUUGACCUUUUUUUUAUCAUAAAGAAUAUGAUUAUAUGGACAGGCAGGACCUGAUCCUAGAUCAGCACUCUGUGAUCAACUAUCCUAGCUCAACACUCUGAUAUGCUUUGUGAAUACUGGCCUGUGAAUGUGAACUCAGAGCUUGGCAUCUCCUGUCUCGUUGUAGUUCCCGUGGUGGCGCCCUCAGACAUCGGCGGCGGUGGUGGGACCAGCAGGGAGCUGACCAUCACUUGGACGGUAGGUCUAGCGAAGACGCCAUCUUUAUUUCCGUCUCUGCCAGUGGACUGUGUCCACGAACUCAGCUUUUCUCCUAAAUCUGAUCUGACAGCAGCCAGGAGCAAGCCAACGUAGACAAGCAAGAGCAGAAGUUUGAUUUAAAUUGAAAUUAAACUACAGCACGCGCAAAAUACAUUUAGUCCUUGCAAGGCAGUGCAGAAUAGCUAUGUUAGCUAUUUUUACAUAUGCUCUUAUCCAGAGCAAUUAUUUUUAAGUACCUUGCUCAAGGGCACAUUGACAGAUUUUUCACCUAGUCGGCUAGGGAUUCGAAACAGCGACCUUACGGUUACUGGCCCAACGCUCUUAAUCGCUAGGCUACCUGCCACCCGUUCCUAGAGGAAGCUAUGUUCCUGGAGGAAGAGGAGAGAACAUACAUCAGGCCACAGCACAUCGAUAACAGUACGGUUUGAUGGAUAGACUGUCAACCAGAAGAGCUUUUUUAUCUGCCUUUAGUCUCUCACUUGUUUAGACUCACAAUCACCAGCAAAUCACCAGCAAAACAAUAAGCUAUAGAUAUCAACCAUUAGCUAGCCUCCGUUUCUGUGCUUCCCACUUUGACAAAUUCCUAUAGUGCUCCUGGGCAGAUUGCCUGGCAGCAUCAAUCCUACAGCAGUUGGUGGAUGUGAUGAGGCUUGUGUUUAAAGGUUAGCUGUCUGUGUGUGUGUGUGUGUGUGUGUGUGUGUGUGUGUGUGUGUGUGUGUGUGUGUGUGUGUGUGUGUGUGUGUGUGUGUGUGUGUGUGUGUGUGUGUGUGUGUGUGUGUGUGUGUUAGCAGUGCCUGAUGCCUGUACGUCAUGCGGGACAUUUGGUUUGAUGGGGCCUGAGCCAAGCUAGGAGAUGAGGCAGGAGAGAGGAAGGACAGGCUGGUCUAAUAAAACUAGGAGAUGAGGCAGGAGAGAGGAAGGACAGGCUGGUCUAAUAAAACUAGGAGAUGAGGCAGGAAAGAGGAAGGACAGGCUGGUCUAAUAAAACUAGGAGAUGAGGCAGGAGAGAGGAAGGACAGGCUGGUCUAAUAAAACUAGGAGAUGAGGCAGGGGAGAGGGUGGACAUGCUGGUCUAAUAAAACUAGGAGAUGAGGCAGGAGAGAGGAAGGACAGGCUGGUCUAAUAAAACUAGGAGAUGAGGCAGGAGAGUGGAAGGACAGUCUGGUCUAAUAAACCUAGGAGAGAGGAAGGACGGCUGGUCUAAUAAACCUAGGAGAUGAGGCAGGAGAGAGGAAGGACGGCUGGUCUAAUAAACCUAGGAGAUGAGGCAGGAGAGAGGAAGGACAGGUUGGUCUAAUAAACCUAGGAGAUGAGGCAGGAGAGAGGAAGGACGGCUGGUCUAAUAAAACUAGGAGAUGAGGCAGGAGAGAGGAAGGACAGGCUGGUCUAAUAAAACUAGGAGAUGAGGCAGGGGAGAGGAAGGACAGGUUGGUCUAAUAAAACUAGGAGAUGAGGCAGGAGAGGGGAAGGACGGCUGGUCUAAUAAAACUAGGAGAUGAGACAGGAGAGAGGGUGGACAGGCUGGUCUAAUAAAACUAGGAGAUGAGGCAGGGGAGAGGGUGGACAGGCUGGUCUAAUAAAGCUAGGAGAUGAGGCAGGGGAGAGGGUGGACAGGCUGGUCUAAUAAAACUAGGAGAUGAGGGUGGACAGGGUGGUCUAAUAAAACUAGGAGAUGAGGCAGGGGAGAGGGUGGACAGGCUGGUCUAAUAAAACUAGGAGAUGAGGCAGGAGAGAGGAAGGACAGGCUGGUCUAAUAAAACUAGGAGAUGAGGCAGGAGAGUGGAAGGACAGGCUGGUCUAAUAAACCUAGGAGAUGAGGCAGGAGAGAGGAAGGACAGGUUGGUCUAAUAAACCUAGGAGAUGAGGCAGGAGAGGGGAAGGACAGCUGGUCUAAUAAAACUAGGAGAUGAGGCAGGAGAGAGGAAGGACGGCAGGUCUAAUAAAACUAGGAGAUGAGGCAGGAGAGAGGAAGGACAGGCUGGUCUAAUAAAACUAGGAGAUGAGGCAGGAGAGAGGAAGGACAGGCUGGUCUAAUAAAACUAGGAGAUGAGGCAGAAGAGAGGAAGGACAGGCUGGUCUAAUAAACCUAGGAGAUGAGGCAGGAGAGAGGAAGGACAGGCUGGUCUAAUAAAACUAGGAGAUGAGGCAGGAGAGAGGAAGGACAGGCUGGUCUAAUAAAACUAGGAGAUGAGGCAGGAGAGAGGAAGGACAGGCUGGUGUAAUAAAACUAGGAGAUGAGGCAGGAGAGUGGAAGGACAGGCUGGUCUAAUAAAACUAGGAGAUGAGGCAGGAGAGUGGAAGGACAGGCUGGUCUAAUAAAACUAGGAGAUGAGGCAAGGGAGAGGGUGGACAGGCUGGUCUAAUAAAACUAGGAUAUGAGGCAGGAGAGAGGGUGGACAGGCUGGUCUAAUAAAACUAGGAGAUGAGGCAGGGGAGAGGGUGGACAGGCUGGUCUAAUAAAGCUAGGAGAUGAGGCAGGGGAGAGGGUGGACAGGCUGGUCUAAUAAAACUAGGAGAUGAGGCAGGAGAGAGGGUGGACAGGGUGGUCUAAUAAAACUAGGAGAUGAGGCAGGGGAGAGGGUGGACAGGCUGGUCUAAUAAAACUAGGAGAUGAGGCAGGAGAGAGGAAGGACAGGCUGGUCUAAUAAAACUAGGAGAUGAGGCAGGAGAGUGGAAGGACAGGCUGGUCUAAUAAACCUAGGAGAUGAGGCAGGAGAGAGGAAGGACAGGUUGGUCUAAUAAACCUAGGAGAUGAGGCAGGAGAGGGGAAGGACAGCUGGUCUAAUAAAACUAGGAGAUGAGGCAGGAGAGAGGAAGGACGGCAGGUCUAAUAAAACUAGGAGAUGAGGCAGGAGAGAGGAAGGACAGGCUGGUCUAAUAAAACUAGGAGAUGAGGCAGGAGAGAGGAAGGACAGGCUGGUCUAAUAAAACUAGGAGAUGAGGCAGAAGAGAGGAAGGACAGGCUGGUCUAAUAAACCUAGGAGAUGAGGCAGGAGAGAGGAAGGACAGGCUGGUCUAAUAAAACUAGGAGAUGAGGCAGGAGAGAGGAAGGACAGGCUGGUCUAAUAAAACUAGGAGAUGAGGCAGGAGAGAGGAAGGACAGGCUGGUCUAAUACAACUAGGAGAUGAGGCAGGAGAGAGGAAGGACAGGCUGGUCUAAUAAAACUAGGAGAUGAGGCAGGAGAGUGGAAGGACAGGCUGGUCUAAUAAAACUAGGAGAUGAGGCAGGGGAGAGGAAGGACAGGCUGGUCUAAUAAAACUAGGAGAUGAGGCAGGAGAGAGGAAGGACAGGCUGGUCUAAUACAACUAGGAGAUGAGGCAGGAGAGAGGAAGGACAGGCUGGUGUAAUAAAACUAGGAGAUGAGGCAGGAGAGUGGAAGGACAGGCUGGUCUAAUAAAGCUAGGAGAUGAGGCAGGGGAGAGGGUGGACAGGCUGGUCUAAUAAAACUAGGAGAUGAGGCAGGGGAGAGGGUGGACAGGCUGGUCUAAUAAAACUAGGAGAUGAGGCAGGGGAGAGGGUGGACAGGCUGGUCUAAUAAAAAGGGUAUCAUAACUUUGGAAUAAACAGUCUCUCAGAGACACAGUCGUCAUGGUAACUAGAAUAAUAUUAUUUAUUAUAUAAACACGUAUUUAGAGUGAUGAUAACCCCUUAUUUUGAUUCUGGCCAUUUUCUUGUCACUUAGCAUAACUAUCUCAGCAAGGAUGGACCAUCAAGAGAUGACACCACCUGUCCAUAGACAAAAAGGUCUCGCUUGUGUGGAUCGUUGUCUUCCUUUUAAUGGUCCAUCUCUGUUUCCCUUUCCCUCUACCUCCAGCCGGUGCAGCCACAGUACUACUACGGGCGCAACUUUGGCUACAUCAUCGCCUUCAAGCCCCGCGAUGGGUACGAGUGGAGGAAGGUGACUGUGGCAGACCCCGAGGCCAAUCACUACGUCCACAAAGACUCAUCCAUCCCCGCCUCCACAGAGUUCCAGGUCAAAGUCAAGGCCUUCAACAGCAAUGGGGAAGGACCCUAUAGUCUCACGGCUGUCAUCUACUCUGCACAAGACGGUAAGCACAGAUCUAGGAUUAGCUUACUCCUCAUGGAAAGCCCAACCUUAACCAUAGGUGGGAAAACAGAAAAACUGACCACAGAUCAUUAUACUCUGUCAGCAGCAUAGAGAGAGCCCCACAACUUCAUAUCACUCAGCUGUUUCAAUCUGUCAGUGUAAAUUACUUAUCAGCACAGUGACUUUUUAAUUGAGUGGGAAAUACUUAAUAACUACUCCCAAAGAUGAAUGUGAAGAAUUUUAAUACCCUUACAAUGCGAACCCUUCCUACCCUCCCUCCCUCCAACUCUCCCUCCCUCACCUCCCUCCUUCACUCCAUCCCUUGUCAGAGUGGGAUUAUCGUGAUCUAUGUAGCAGCAUGAACCAGAAAGCUGAUAAUUCGCCCCAAGGAUGUCAAGCAUUUAGCCCACUUAUUAACUUCAGCUGACAGACAUUCAAGAUAACCAUGGGCAACCCGGGGUUACGGAGAGAUGUUCAGUUGCCGUGGUAACGCUGUUUGGGAGUGUAAAAGAGGGCAGAAGUGUUAGGUUUGAGCCGAGCCUGAUGACGUGUGUGUGAAGGUUUCUUGGUGUGCGAUGCCUGGCGCUGAGAUUUAAACAUCAGAGGAAGGACAGCUCUCUCUCUCGCCUCUCUCUUUCUAUCUCUCUCUCUCUCCUUCCUCCUCUCUCUCAACUCUCCCUCCCUCACCUCCCUCUCUUCACUCUCUCCCUUGUCAGAGUGUGAAGUUACGUGUCCAUGGUCGCAUAACUCAGAGGAAAGGUUGCGAGCAGAAGAGAAUGUAGGGAAAGAGCACUUCUGUCACUGAGCUUGUUCUAGGCAAGAUUAAUGCCUAUUAACAGAGCAACCCGGUUACCAAGACUGUAGAGCGGGACUGCAUGGAAGGGUCAGACUGGGGUAACAAAGGGAAGUUAGGUAAGGGCGACCGAUACUUAUUAAAAGUGAAAGUUACUGUAGGUGGCGAUAUGGAGCGGAUGUUUGACAGGGUACUCGCUCUCUCUUUCAAUUCUUGAAGGGCUCUUUUGCAUGGGAAUGUUACAUUCCAAGCAGUGAAGAUAAAAACAAUUCUCUCUCUCUCUCUCUCUCUCCUCUCUUCCUCUCUCAUCUCUCCUCUCUCUCCUCUCGCUUCCUCGUCUCUCUCUUUCCUCUCUCUCUCUCUCCUCUAUCUCUCUCUCUCUCUCUCUCUCUCUCUUCUCUCUCUCUCCUCUCUCCUCUCUCUCCGCCUCUUCUCUCUCUCUCUCUCUCUCUCUCUCUCUCUCUCUCUCUCUCUCUCUCUCUGUUUCUCUGUCUCAUACUGUCUUAAAUGAUAUCUCUGUGUGUGCCACCAGUGCCAUCCGAAGCCCCUACCAGCGUGGAGGCCAGGGCGCUGUCUGCCACUGAGGCCAUUGUGUGGUGGCUCCCUGUCCCCCAGCACACUGUUGAAGGAUACCAGGUACUACUGUGUCUAGGAGGAGUAACAUGACAGAUAUAUUAGAUAGAAGAGGAAGCAACCAACCCAGAGACCUCGAAACACUGGACUAACUCUUAGUUAUGUCGCUGGAGUACUCAUUGUAUUUGCACCUGCAUGGUCAGGUACAUGAUAGGGCCAGGACAUUUUCCUGACCAUAUUUUCUUACCAGGAAAUAUUAUCUUACCAGAAAAUAUUAUCUUAGCAGGAAAUAUUUUAGGCCCUGUAAUAGUAUACACAGUAUAUUGACUUUCUGUGACCCUCUUCCCUCUCUCUCCUCCUCUCCCCCCUUUCUCUCCCUCUCCUCCUCUCUCCUCCUCUCCCACUCUCCCCCCUCCUGCCCAGGUGCGGUACUGGAGGAAGGUGGAGGACAGAGAGCCGUCCAGUCAGAGGGUGGUGGUGUCCAGCAGAGAGAACCAGACCAGGUUGGAGAACAUGAGGCCAAACUCCCCCUACAUCAUAGAGGUCAGGGCCUACAAUGCAGCUGGAUACGGACCCCCCAGCCAUCACUUCCAGAUCUACACCAAAAAAGCCCGUAUGUACAUUGCUCUCAGGGCCUGUUCACUGGACACAGAUGAAGCCUAGUCUUGGACUAAAACACAUUUUCAAUGGAGUUUCUCUAUUGAAAGUGUGUCUUAGUGGAGGACUAGGCUUCAUCUGUGUCUGGGAAACUGUCCCUCAGCUCAAUAAUCUUCAGCAUGUUCUGAGUAGGCUUUGGCAAUAUACCGUUGAUACCGUAUACCAGGUUGUUUCAAAAUACUGACGGUAUGAUUUUCAAAACUUUUUAAACAAAACACAUUAUUAUUUGUAUUACAGUUUUUGGGGGGGUUUGGGGCACCCCUGCCUCGCGGGGGGCUGCGUGCUACGCCGCUGCUUAUAACUAUAAGAAAUCUAAGAUGUGUCAAAUAAAUUAUAUCCAGCUCAGGGCUCCAGCUAUGCAUUUGGUUUGCUAACUUGCUAGCUAAGUGGCUAGAUGUCAAGAUCAAGUUUCUUGGUUACAGCAGAGACAUUCAAUCCCCUCCUGGAUCAAGAUGCCUGUUGCCUAAAUAGUUUUGUGCGUAAAUAUAAUAAUAGUAAUAUAAUAAUAAUAUACUUUUUUAUUUUGGGGGGGGGGGGUAUAGUGCCCUUGUGUGCACUUCCGGUAAAACCGUAUAAAUCAAAUCAAAUCAAAUCAAAUUUUAUUGGCCACAUGCGCCGAGUACAACAGGUGCAGACAUUACAGUGAAAUGUUUACUUACAGCCCUUAACCAACAGUGCAUUUAUUUUUAAUAAAAAAAAGUAAAAUAAAACAACAACAAAAAAGUGUUGAGAAAAAAAGAGCAGAAGUAAAAUAAAAUAACAGUAGGGAGGCUAUAUAUACAGGGGGGUACCGGUGCAGAGUCAAUGUGCGGGGGCACCGGCUAGUUGAGGUAGUUGAAGUAAUAUGUACAUGUGGGUAGAGUUAAAGUGACUAUACAUAAAUUAUGAACAGAGUAGCAGCAGCGUAAAAAGAUGGGGUGGGGGGUGGGGGUGGGGGGCAGUGCAAAUAGUCCGGGUAGCCAUGAUUACAUUAGCUGUUCAUGGCACAGAAACAGUAUGACGGUAUGAAACCCUAAUUCUGAGUUUCUGAUUGUCACAUGAUCUUUACACUGUAGAACUAUUUGGCUUCUGUUUUUCUCCAGCCCCAAGCCGGCCUCCUAAAAUAAUCAGUAAAAAGCUGAAAGGCACGUCAGUCAACAUCGCCUGGGAACAUGUCGAACCCUUGGCCAACGAGUCAACAAUAGAUGGCUACAAGGUGGGUGCUGUUUUACAAAUGCAUGGAAGCUUGUAGUGCAUUUCAAACUGAAAGUCUGUACUUUCGUAAUAACUGAUGUGUCUCUCUGGAGCAUCCAUCACAUACUGUACAUAUAUUUGACGUAACAUGUUUCUUAGAGCCGCAGCAUUCAAUACACAACUGAGCUAAAAAGUACAUCUUACUGAACACAACAUACAGUUUACUCAAGUACCUUCCUUGUAGUCAUAGCUCCUUAGAAUGACCAUAUGAACGGAUCUAAUGCUGUCUGUCUGUCUGUCUGUCUGUCUGUCUGUCUGUCUGUCUGUCUGUCUGUCUGUCUGUCUGUCUGUCUGUCUGUCUGUCUGUCUGUCUGUCUGUCUGUCUGUCUGUCUGUCUGUCUGUCUGUCUGUCUGUCUGUCUGUCUGUCUGUCUGUCUGUCUGUCUGUCUCUCUCUCUCUCUCUCUCUCUCUCUCUCUCUCUCUCUCUCUCUCUCUCUCUCGUCUGUCUGUCUGUCUGUCUGUCUGUCUGUCUGUCUGUCUGUCUGUCUGUCUGUCUGUCUGUCUGUCUGUCUGUCUGUCUGUCUGUCUGCCUGUCUCUCUGUCUCUCUCUGUCUCUCUCUGUCUCGCUCUGUCUGUUGGUCUCCAUAAAGGUCUUGUACAGAAAGGCUGGCCUCUCCACAGGGAUGCUGUACACCACAGGGAAGCGGUCCAUAGACCUGCCCAUGCCCAAGGAUGGGGACUGCGUAGUGGAGGUCAGGGCCCAUAGCGAGGGAGGAGAUGGGGCUGUGGCCCAAGUACGCAUCUCAGGUAAACAUCAAUCAAAACCCUCCAUCCAUAGACUCCACUAGAGACCCUCCACCCAUCUUAUAUGACUAUAGACUCCACUAGAGACCCUCCACCCAUCUUAUAUGACUAUAGACUCCACUAGAGACCCUACACCCAUCUUAUAUGACUAUAGACUCCACUAGAGACCCUCCACACAUCUUAUAUUACUAUAGACUCCACUAGAGACCCUCCACCCAUCUUAUAUGACUAUAGACUCCACUAGAGACCCUCCACCCAUCUUAUAUGACUAUAUACUCCACUAGAGACCCUCCACCCAUCUUAUAUGACUAUAGACUCCACUGAAAAAGUCAUAGGCCUCCUGGUUGACAGUGACAAAUGACUCUGGGUCUGGACGGCCAUCUUUAAAACUGAAAUAAUCCUGCUAUUUUAUGACAGACAGGACAGCCAAGGAAUGAAUAAUAGAUUACACAAUGCACCCCUCUGACCAGACAUUUGAAAUGGUGACCAGGCAGUUCACAAAUGGCUUUUCAAUGGAGUGGCAUUGACAUAAAAACAAGCCUUUAUGAAUGUAGGAUGUGUGGAUUGAGCAGAGAGAGAACUCCCUUCAAGAAUAAAUGUAGUGUCAGCCACAAGCAUCAGCCAGUAAUUUACAUGUCAUCGAUCUGGCACUCAUAUUUUGCCACUGGGAAAAAACUGUCUCUCUAUCGCCAGACAAAUUCCAAAUCCAAUCUUUGGUUUAUUGAGAACAUGUCACACCAUAUCACACAGAGGGAGUGAGGGAGUGAGGGAGGGAGGGAGGGAGGGAGGGAGGGAGGGAGGCCUCUUAGAGUGGUACAUAGCAUGAUAUCAUUAACCAUGAAGGAUGAAGACCUACACUAAGUGGUCGAAACGUUGUCGCCACUAAACCACAUAGGAGCAUAGAUUGUUCUCUUUUUACCAUUUGCUGAACAUAUUAUUUGAAAUCCACCACCUGCUCAAACACAUUGGAUGUGCAUAAGUAAUCUUCUCCUAUCUCAUGAUACCAUACACAAGAUCCAUAACGGAACAGACCACAUACAGUUGAAGUCGGAAGUUUACAUACACUUAGGUUGGAGUCAUUAAAACUUGUUUUUCAACCACGCCGCAAAUGUAUUGUUAACAAACUAUAGUUUUGGUGAGUCGGUUAGGACAUCUACUUUGUGCAUGACACAAGUAAUUUUUCCAACAAUUGUUUACAGACAGAUUAUUUCACUUAUAAUUCACUGUAUCACAAUUCCAGUGGGUCAGAAGUUUACAUACACUAAAUUGACUGUGACUUUAAACAGCUUGGAAAAUUCCAGAAAAUGAUGUCAUGGCUUUAGAAGCUUCUGAUAGGCUAAUUGACAUAAUUUGAGUCAAUUGGAGGUGUACCUGUGGAUGUAUUUCAAGGCCUACCUUCAAACUCAGUGCCUCUUUGCUUGACAUCAUGGGAAAAAUGUCCUCUGGUUUGAUGAAAUAGAACUGUUUGGCCAUAAUGACCAUCGUUAUGUUUGGAGGAAAAAGGGGUGCUUGCAAGCCUAAGAACACCAUCCCAACCAUGAAGCACGGAGGUGGCAGCAUCAUGCUAUGGGGGUGCUUUGCUGCAGGAGGGACUGAUGCACUUCACAACAUAGAUGGCAUCAUGAGGAAGGAAAAUUAUGUGGAUAUAUUGAAGCAACAGUCAGGAAGUUAAAGCUUGGUCGCAAAUGUGUCUUCCAAAUGGACAAUGACCCCAAGCAUACUUCCAAAGUUGUGGCAAAAUGGCUUAAGGACAACAAAGUCAAGGUAUUGGAGUGGCCAUCACAAAGCCAAUCCUAUGGAACAUUUGUGGGCAGAACUGAAAAAAUGUGUGCGAGCAAGGAGGCCUACAAACCUGACUCAGUUACACCAGCUCUGUCAGGAGGAAUGGGCCAAAAUUCACCCAACUUAUUGUGGGAAGCUUGUGGAAGGCUACCCGAAACGUUUGACCCAAGUUAAACAAUUUAAAGGCAAUGCUACCAAAUACUAUAAUAAUAAUAAUAUGCCAUUUAGCAGACGCUUUUAUCCAAAGCGACUUACAGUCAUGCGUGCAUAAUUUUUUUUGUGUAUGGGUGAUCCCGGGGAUCGAACCCACUACCUUGGCGUUACAAGCGCCGUGCUCUACCAGCUGAGCUACAGAGGACCACUAAUUGAGUGUAUGUAAACUUCUGACCCACUGGGAAUGUGAUGAAUGAAAUAAAAGCUGAAAUAAAUAAUUCUCUCUACUAUUAUUCUGACAUUUCAAAUUCUUAAAAUAAAGUGGUGAUCCUAACUGACCUAAGACAGGGAAUGUUUUACUAGGAUUAAAUGUCAGGAAUUGUGAAAAACUGAGUUUAAAUGUAUUUGGCUAAGGUGUAUGUAAACUUCCGACUUCAACUGUAUACCUGGCUUGGCUGAUAUUCAGUACCUGGCUUGGCUGAGGUUACUGUAAAGCACUUUGUGACAAAUGCCUCCCCACAAUGUCUCUAAAACGUCUCCAACAUGCUUUGUGUCUCUGUACAAAUGUACCCACACAUGAUUGAAAUGUUCCCAUUUUGUCUCUGUGUCUCUGUAAAACUGUAAUUAAAUGCAAUUAAAUCAUAAUCGAAACGUCACCAUUGUGUCUCUGUCUAUCUCCAUCCAGGUGGAGCCGUCAUAGUCGCCCAGUCCCUCAGCCUGGCCUGUCUGCUCCUGGUGGGUCUGUUUUGCCUGCUGGGCCUCUGAAUGUAGCCCCUUUAUCUGUCUUCACUGCCCAGUCCAGUGAAGGAGACUCUGUGAGGUUGACGCCUAUGACGACUUUGGUUUCCACAAUGUUUGGUUUCACCCUGAAGGCCAAAAGCUCAUGUUCCCACCUCGAGGAAUAGGGCUUUGUUUGUGGAAAAAGACACAAUAAGAAAUUUGAACAAAGGACGAAGAAGACAUCUGGAAUAUCUCUUAAUUCAUACCUACAAUAUCUUUGAAGGAGGAGCGUCAACAGGAAGUCUUUCAACUUUUUCAAUAUGCCUUAUAUGUAAACGAUACACUUAUCUUUCACAAUGCCAUGACUUGCUCCUAACAUGGGUGAGGUGUGAGUGCUGAGGUACUGCACAACGUUUGUAAGUAACUGUUUUCAAAAAAGAUUGUGAUACAGGCCUUUCUUGUUGUGCAGUAGCUUCAAAUUGUGUGUUUCAUUUGAUGUAGGACAUUAUGGAUCAUCUAUACAACGUUGCAUUCCAUAUAUAAAGUAUAAGCUAAGCAGGUGAUAUAGUUGUGAAGGAUAAGUCUACACGUUUAUGAAAUUGUCUUUAUAAAUGUAUGUUUCAACUGCAUUUCAGUGGCUUUUUCUUUGUACUUUUCUAUGUUCAAGAUGAAGCACACCCUCCCCUUACAGAGAUACAGUCAAAUCAAAUCUCUACUCAUGGUCUAAUUAUCGAACAUCAUCAGACAAAAGAGCAAUUUAUGUCAUGCUAAUAUAAUAUAUGCAAUAAUUUAUAUGGUUGUUCUAUCUAAAAAGUACAAAUAGCCUACUAUUAACGCUGUAACAUCUUUGUUCCGAGAAACAUUGAUUUUAUCUCCCAAAAAAACAUGCUUAUUUCCAAGUCAUAACAUUGUCUAAAUUAAUGGGAGACCAGUUUGCAAGUGUUUGCAUGUAUGAAAGAGUUUACUGACAAAACGAGAUAAACUUGUUAGCCAGAGUGAUGCCUGCAUUUUUAGCACAUGUACGUCUGUGUUUGUAAAGUUGAAUGUAUUGAAUAACUGUGGAAACAAGAAAUGAGCUUGAAAACGUACCAGACCUGCAGUUUCUAACAUGACAUAAACAAUGUGUGA